AUGUCUUCAGAGAAUCAAGCGAGUAGUGCUGCGUCCUCCUCGCUUCCAAUGAUGGGUGUUUCCGAGUUUGCAAAACUCAGUGGAGAUAUGAGAGCAAGUCUCGGAUUACUCGUAGAAAAUGGGAUUUGCAAAAUUAAUGGUAAUGCCUCUCUCGUGGUCAUGCCUUCCACUCCGAACUAUGAUUAUUCAAAGAGUGUGGCUGGUGGAGAGAAUUUACUGAAUCCAUUGCCAGCAUCAGCCAAAGAUAUUUAUUUGAGAAAUUAUGGAGGCUCGACGGGUGGUCGUCAAUCCAGACCACAACAACAGAAGGAGCCACAAAAUGAUGAAUUCUUUGCCGAUAAUUGGUAUUUUGUUGAGUUGCAUCAGUCGAUUUUGCAAGAAUCUACUCACAGUAAGGAAAGAUAUUCCAAUUUAUGA